AUUAAACAAUGGAGUAGAAUCUAUAGAGGGUCAAAUGGAAACAAAAAUAGAAGAAGCCUCAGAGGUAGAUUCUGAGGAAGGAGAAGAAGAAUGUGAAAAUAGGGGAUGUGAAUAUCCAAGACCAAUUGAACUGAGAUGGGCAAUAACAACUCUAAAAAACAACAAGGCUCCUGGGGAGGAUGGAAUAGUAUCAAAAAUGAUAAAAGCAGGUGAUGCGAAAUUGGAACGAGAGAUAAGUGAACUUGCUAAGAAAAUCUGGAAAAGUCAACAGAUACAACAAGGUUGGAAUAGAAGAAUAAUAUGCCCAAUAUACAAAAAAGGAGACAAACUAGAUUGUGGUAACUACAGAAGAAUUACUUUAUUGAAUGUAGUUUAUAAAAUUUUUUCAAAAAUAUUAGUAAAGAGAUUAGCAGUAUACAUGGAAAAUAUAGUGGGAGAUUAUCAGUGCUGUUUUAAUAACAGAUCAAAUCUCCACAAUAAGGUUAAUUCUGGAGAAAUGCUACGAGUAUAAU